AUGACAGAGAGCUUGAUGCGAGGAGGGCCAUCGAAUACUUUGUAUGAUUGUUCAGAAAGCGGUUGGAUCGUCAGCAUCUUAUUUACCAAAUGGCUUAAACAUUUUAUAAAAUGUCUAAGACUGCAAAAAUCGCAAGAAAAUCAAAUUCUUCUCAUCCUAGAUGGUCAUUCGACGCACACGAAGAACAUUGAUGCAAUUAAUCUUGCUAGGGACUAUGGAAUAAUUAUGUUAUCUCUUCCGGCCCAUACCACACACAAGUUGCAACCAUUAGAUAGAUCAUUUUUUAAAACUCUAAAACAGAAUUUUAACGCUGCCUGCGUGUCAUGGAUGCGAAAUCAUCCUGGAUCUGUCAUAAAACAAACAAAUAUUGCAGAAAUUUUGAAAGAGGCUUAUCUUCGAGCAGUUUGUAUGGAAACUGGAAUACAUGGCUUCGAAUGUUGCGGUUUAUGGCCUUGCAAUCGCUAUAAGAUCAGGGAUGAGGAAUAUGUCAUACUUGAAGAAGAUAAUCUUAGUCUUCCGGAAUCUUCCCGCUCUGAAUUGGCUGAAGUCUCCCAAAAUUUAACAACUGAAAUACAACAAGAACAAACAAGGGCUUUCACGGAUGUGCCACAAUCUAACGAGAUUUCUGUGCAAGAACAGACUGAGGAAGCUAUGCCCCCAAAUCUUCUUGAGAUAUCGAGAAUCCACCCUUUGGAACAGCAAGAUCAAUGUCUAGAAGAGAAAAAGAAAGAAUGUUCUUCAGAGACGAAAGUAGAGGAUUUUAAAGCACAGUCCGUUAGAACGACCCUCGAAACUAUAUCUCCAUUACGGGCUAUUCCUGGAAAUUCAAGGCCACUGAAAAGAAAAACUACAGGUGCUAUUAUUAUAACAGAAAGUCCUUAUAAAAAAGAGCUAGAGGGUAAAAUAGAAGAGUCGAAGAAGAAGAAUGUAUCGAAGAAUCUAAGUGCUAUGAAAACUAAAACACAAAAGGAAAAUAAGAAAAAGAAACAAGAAAAAGAUGAAAAUGGCAGUUGGUACUGCACAUUGUGUCAAGAAGAUCUUAAAGAAACCAUGAUCCAGUGCACACAAUGUGAGAUGUGGGUACAUGAACUUUGUGCAGGAACUAAUAAAAAAACCAAAGAUUAUAACUGCGAUGAUUGCCGAGAAUUGGCGAAACCCAUCCGCAGAAUUUUUUAA